AUGAGUGGGUUUUCUAGUAGGCUUAUGAACAUGAAGUUCAUGCAAGCUGCUGCUAAGAAAGAAGAAACCGAAAAGAUAGAGGAGGAAAUCAAAAUUAUAAGAGAUGCAUCUGAAUGGAAACUAAGUAACUUUGAUAGAAUAAUAAAGAAUAAAAACAAGAAUAAAAGGAUUGAACAAAGAAAAUUUCAGUCCGUUAGCUAUUUAGAUAUAUUUAAAAAUUCAGGGGAAGCAGAACAAAAAACAUCAAGUGCUAUUGGAAGAAGAGUCUGGGGAGAAACAGAAAGCACGACUCAAGUUGUACAGAUUCUGGAAAAAAAGCGAGACGUUGAACCAAAAGUUCCUGAAAACAAAGACGUCAACACAGAUUCAAGUCCAAAGAAGAAGAGAUCGAAAAAAAGCACAAAACUAAGCACAAAAAAAAGAAAAUUUUCUGAGAAUUAG